AUGAAAGCCGUGGUGGAGAAUAACGCCCUACAAACGAUAUUACUUAACCAGGCUCCAAAUUAUGAAGAGGUCAUUCGCACGAUUAGAAGAAAUGACGGGUCCCGCUGUCGUUCAAAAUAUACGGCAUAUCAUGCCUUUUUUGUUGUUUUGCGCGAAGAAGCAAAAGUACUCCUAAACGAGAACAAUCCCGAGAUCCUGAGAAACGCAGCUACAUUAAUGUGGAAAAUGGUACCACGGCUUAUUAAAGAAGACUACGUGUCCUGCGCGAGAGUGAUAAACGCAAACAUCCCGACAAGAAAGUUUGGGCGAAAAUGA